CCUGGUGGUGAUGUCUAAGACAAACCAGAAUGAUCACCAGCCUAUAGAGUUGGAGAUUACAGUUAUAUCAGCCCAAGGCCUGAGGACUAAGGAUUCCUCUCUUUUCUUCCCACAACGUCGUCUCCAACCAUUCAUCACUCUCACCACCAACCCUCCAACCAUCCCUCCUUACGUGCCCUUCUCUGCCCGUUAUGUGUAUCAAACGAAGGUGGACACAACAGGAGGUGAGUGCCCUAGUUGGGGUGAUAAGUUUCAUAUCCCCAUCGGGAACUCCUUUUUUUCUCAGAGACAUUCUUGCAUAUACCUUCACAUCUUCACCAAGCCUUCACGUUCAUGGGGGAGGAAGUGUGAGUUGGGUUGGUGUGGGAUUCCGGCAACCGAUAUCUUGGAGGGAUUAUGGCCGGCCGGGACAGUUCGGCACCUGAGCUAUCGUGUCCGGGAAAGAGAUGGAUCCAGGGGACAUGGAGUUGUGAAUGUGGCAGUGAGUUUAGUGGGCUCAUCAGGUCAGCCCGAUCCAAGUCCAGCUGGAAUGUGGAACUUAACAUGCCCAGGCCCAGGCCCAGGUCCAGUUCCAGGUCCCACUGCUAUUGGCAUCCCUAUGGAGGCUUUGUUUCACUUGAGCGUGGACCAAUGUGGAAGAUCAGAAGCGGCCGCAGGGGUGAUUGCACCAAUUCCAUCUGUUACGUCGCCACAACCUCAACGGGAGCUCGUCCAUAUCCAUGAAAUAGAGGAGCGGAAGUGAUUCCCUGCAGCUUAAACCGUAGGGAUAUCCCUACUUCCAGCUUAAUUUCAAGUUUGUCGUAAAUAAUGUGGACCGCAAGGGUACUAAAGACUUUUUAAACUAUU